CUUGGUUUCCUGCUCCUUUUCCGAGGUGGGCGGGAGAAGAUGGCUGCGGCCUGCUGGUGGCUGUUCCUGGCGGUGGUGCUCUGCGCCUGCUUGGUGGCUGCGGAGGAGCCGAAGAAGAGCUCCGACAAGCCGGGGAAGAAGAAGAAAGACAUUCGGGAUUACAACGAUGCCGACAUGGCUCGGCUGUUGGAGCAGUGGGAGGAGGAUGAUGAUAUAGAGGAAGGAGAUCUUCCUGAGCACAAGCGCCAAUCUGCACCCAUCGACUUCUCCAAGAUCGAUCCGGGCAAGCCUGAGAGCAUCUUGAAAAUGACCAAGAAGGGGAAAACUCUCAUGAUGUUUGUCACGGUGUCAGGAGAGCCAACGGAGAAGGAGACGGAGCAAAUUACAAACCUGUGGCAAGGAAGCCUGUUCAAUGCCAAUUACGACGUACAGAGGUUCAUUGUCGGUUCAAACCGUGCCAUUUUUAUGCUGCGUGAUGGAAGCUAUGCCUGGGAGGUCAAAGACUUUCUGGUAAAUCAAGAGAGAUGUGAAGAUGUCACUUUGGAAGGUCAAGUCUACCCUGGUAAAGGAGGUGGAGGAAAAGAAAAAAAUAAACUGAAACCUGAAAAAUCCUUCAAGAAAAAAGACCCAGAGGUGAAACCUGGAACCGUUACAGACAGCAACCGUGCAAGCAGAGGAAAAGAUGAUCUUUGAUAAAUGCGCUGAAGUACUGUCAGAGAGGUUUAGAACAUUUCAGAAAGAGAAAACUAGAGUUGGUUUUGCAAAGUUUCAAAGUAUUAAUGGUUCAGGGAGCAGUUUACUUAUUAAUGAGAGGCAUUCAGUUAGAAACGGUAAAGUCGGUGGUUAAUGGCUGUGGGCUGCUUACAUUCAAUCAACUAUUGAGUCUCAACUCCCUAUCAGUUUAGUAUUAUGGACUUUGUCCAGGGGAUGAGAAGGGUGUGUGAGAGGCUCUCCAUUUGGAGAGCUGAUUCUUACAGGUGGUCUCGCAGAUGACUCAGAAAGAAUUGGGAGAAGGAAAAGCAAGACUUAAAAGGCAGUUGGUUUUUUUUCCCCCCCAAUAUUUUGCUUAAUCCAAAUUAACAGUACCCUUUCAUUGCAUCUUAAAAUUCGUAGCUUGAGAUUUGUCACUGGUUAUACCAAAACAGAUCCAGAGUGAAGGUUUCUAAAUUGAUUUGCUCUUAAAAUACUGAUAAUCCAGUAUUCCGCACCGAAAUGGAAAUAAAACUUUCUGUUAAUUAGCUAAUAAGGCUAGAGGAUUGCUGCACUAAAUCGAUUGACCUACUUCUCCAUUGAUCGAAGUAGUAUAAAAUAUGAGGAACGGUCACAGAUGCAGUUCAAUUGAUGGCAAAAAAAAGAAAAAAAAAGAAAAGACUUGUGGGAAUAUAGUACUUUUUUUUCUGUGGAUAAACAUAUCCAUGCGAAUGGAUAUAUCGCAGGUUGUGUUGAUUUCUUCUAAAACGUUAACCGAAAAAGUUCAGUUCAAGUUUGUGGCCAUUGUAUUGGAUUUUGUUUGCUGUUAACAGUUUUAUAUUCAAUGCUAUGGAAAAUGUGCAAUAUUUGGAACAGCCAUGGCAGGUUUUUUUUU